AUAAAUCCUAUCGUAGUACAACAAUAAUAAUACCAAAGAGCAAAGUAAUUAAAUUUUGUUUACACAAAGCUGAAAUUCAACAAAUAGCUGCGCGUGCUAACAACCAACGCAGCAUUUGCAUCUGCCGGAAUAAGUAGCCUUCACACCCUCGCGAGCUCGCGUAUCUAGUAUGCCCAUUUCAUUUUACUGGCAACUGGCGCUAUACUUCUGGCCAUAAAAUCGCUUCUUAUUUACAUGAACGGCAGCGUGAAUUGAUAAGUUCAUUUCAUAUGCAAGUAUUUGCCUAAAAACAGCAACGCAUCCGCCGCCUCAGCAAGCGUCGUGGAGGCGCUGGAAUAGGUAAUAGUAGAUAACGCAUUGCAUGCUCCUAUAACCGCUCCGACUGUUUAGUUGGUAGGUUGCUUAUUGGCUGUUUCUCUUGGCACAACAGCACUCACGCCAACAGUCUGCUGUUCGACGCCACGGAAGUUUAUAAAAGUUUGCGCCCACCAAAAAUAGCGCGGAUUUUGCAACGCUGCAAAGAUUUUUUUACACAAAACGUUUUCGAAAACGCUAGCAAACGCUCAUAAUUGGUUGAAUUUCUAGCUCUAUUAUGCAGCAUUUUUGUACUAAAACCGUGCAGUUAGUAUCUCAAGUUGUACGAUUAUAGUUAACAAGCGUAGAUAAAAUAUCGACACUGCUAGCCAAUAAAGAUUAUCUUUACGUGGCUGAAAUCUCCGUUUGCCAAGCACCUACUUGUUUAACGCAUAAUUAUAAAUCAGUCGCUCGCGUGUUGUGUACCAGCAAAAACAACGGCAGGAGCGCCCUAUACAGCAGUGACUCGCGGUCUAUACGGAAGCAGUGAGAAAUUUUAAGGAUAAUCAGAUCAAGCUAGUUGCAACCAACAAAAUGGCCUCUUUCGGUGCCCUUGACUAUGGCAUCGUCGCGAUUGUGCUGAUCAUUUCAGCUGCAAUUGGCAUCUAUUACCGCCUGACGGGUGGCAAGCAGCAGACCACCAAGGAAUACCUGCUCGCAGAUCGUCAGAUGUCCAUACUGCCGGUCGCUUUCAGUCUCAUGACCAGCUUCAUGUCCGCCGUUACGCUGCUCGGUGUGUCGAUGGAAAACUACCAGUACGGCACCAUGUUCGUGUUGAUUAAUAUUUCGUAUGUCUUGUCGACGCCUGCAGCUGCCUAUCUUAUCCUGCCUGUCUUCUAUCGGCUAAAGACUGCGUCCGUCUACGAAUAUUUGGAGCUGCGCUUUGGCUAUGCCACGCGACUUUGCGCCUCACUUGCCUUUACCAUUCAGAUGACGCUCUACAUGGGCAUUGUGUUGUACGCGCCGGCGCUGGCGCUGGAAGCCGUAACCGGUCUGAAUCAAAAUUUCUCCGUAGUAGUCGUCGGCGUGGUGUGUACAUUCUAUGCCACUUUGGGCGGUAUGAAAGCGGUGCUCAUCACAGAUAUUUUUCAAUCGCUGCUAAUGUUCGUUUCCGUGUUCAGUGUCAUAAUUUGUGCGACCAUCAAAGCUGGCAGUUGGGGUGAGAUUUGGCGAGUCGCAGGGGAAGGCGGUCGCCUGCAAUUUCUGGACUUUAGCGUUGAUCCGACAGUGCGUCACACCUGGUGGACGCAGAUUAUCGGCGGCAUGGCCACAUAUCUAUCUCUAUACGGUGUCAACCAAACUCAGGUGCAGCGUUUGCUGUCUGCGCGCAACCUGAAGUCAUCGCAAGCCUCCCUAUGGUGGAAUUUGCCAAUUUUGAUACCGUUGAGUUUCAGUACCUGCUUCUCGGGCCUUUGCAUCUAUUACUUCUACAAGGACUGUGACCCCCUAUUGGAGGGACGCAUAUCGUCACGCGAUCAGUUGAUGCCACUUUUCGUUGUGGACACUAUGGGUGGCAUACCUGGUCUGUCAGGUCUCUUCGUAGCAGGCAUAUUUUCGGCAAGUCUAUCGACAAUAUCAUCCGCUAUAUCCGCGCUGGCUGCUGUCACCGUUGAAGAUUACCUAAAGCCGUUGCUGCUAUGGAAGACCAAUAAACCGCUAAAGGAGUCGCAGAGCACGUGGUUCUCGAAGUUCUUCAAUCUGAUCUACGGUGCAGCCUGCAUCGGUUUGGCAUUCCUUGCCGGCUCGCUAACCGGCGUACUACAGGCAGCACUUUCCAUCUUCGGCAUUGUUGGCGGACCGUUGUUGGGUCUCUUCACACUCGGCAUGUACUUCACCUUCGUCAAUCAAAAGGGCGCCAUAACUGGCCUUAUUACUAGUUUGGCAUUUUGUUUCUGGAUAGGCUUCGGCCAACCACGGCCUACACCGAAGACAUUAGAAUUCUCCACUGAAGGCUGUUCCGCGUCGCCGCCAACAUCGCAUGUCAGCGACAUUUUCACACCCUUUACGGCGACAGCAGCUGCGGAAGCAGAGGAGCCUCAUUAUUUCUAUCUGUAUCGCAUCUCGUACAUGUGGUAUUCGGUAAUUGGCUUUCUCGUCACGUUGUUCAUGGGCUUGGUAUGUUCCUGGCUGUAUGCCAAGCUGGGCUGGGAUUCAAACGCGCACAUCUACACCGACAGCGCAUGCACGACAAUCAAAUACGAUUUGUUUGUGCCGCCAUUGGCCAGGCGGUUGCGCAACCGACAAGUGCCAGUUGUGGUGGUGACAGGCACGAGCUCGGAGAUCGGCGGGGGUUCAGCGACCCCCAGUACCGUGGAAGACGAUGCACCAUUGCCGAAAAGUGACACGGGUGCAACAGAACUUAGCAUGAAUGAACUGGAUGGAAGCCAAAAGGGAGAAGAUGUGACGAAUGUUGCAAAAGACGCGAGUGGAAGAGGAGGAGAGGUGAUUGUACAAAACGGCAGCAAGCAUGCAGCCGCAACAGCCUAAAUAGAACAAUAGAAUUUAUCCGCAAGUAAUUUAUUAGCUUUCAUACGCACUGGAACACCUGCCAAGCAAAUGUAAAUUAAAUUUGUUGCAAUAAAUCGUCCCCUUAGUUAGUAGGAUUAUUUUCUUUUUAUGUGUGGAAGGGUUUGAUUAAUAUUAAACAUAGUGAAAAAUAACUUUUCAAAUCUUCUGGAAAGGCGGCGGAACGUGAAUGGUUAUGUAACGAAUAGAUCAGCACAUCGUCAGGGAUAUUUUUUUCUGAUUUCGUAAUUCAGAUAUGGCAGAAAAACAACAACAGCUCG